AUGCCGCGCAUUAAGCAGGAGUCCGGCAGACCAGGGUCGAUUGCCACACCUGAGUCGAUCUCGGAGAUGCACUCAGAGACACCAAGUGAGCGUGUUCAGAGGCAACGUCCGGUGCGGUCCGCUGCCCCCAGCAUUGAUACCCGUGCUCGGCCUCAUUCGACUAUAUCGGGCCCAUCACCCGAUGAAGAAGAAGGGGAUGACGAUUUGAUGAUGCUGCAAGUCCGCAUAAACCCUAAGGUCGAACAUGAGUCCCGCCCAAUGGGUUCACAAAGCAUGCAAGGCUCAUUCGUGGGUGCCAAUCGGGCGCUUCGUGGCAUGGGCCAAGGAUUGAAGGCCAUAAACGAUGCCCUCGGUGAACUCCAGGCGAGGGGCAUCCAACAUGUCGCCAACCUCCCAGAGCUGGUUUUAGUUGGCGACCAAUCCUCAGGAAAAUCCAGCUUGAUGUCGGCAAUUGCGGGCCUGAGCCUCCCUCGCAGCAGCGGAGCCUGCACUCGGUGCCCCAUCCACAUUCGCGUCUCACGGGCCGACGAAUGGUCAUGCCGGGUCUUCCUCAAGCAGGACUACGAGUUUCGUCCGACAAACCAUCAGCUCACAGAGCGCGACGUCACCAAGAACAACAAAUUCCCACCAUGGGUCAAGCUGGACCCCAGCCGUCAGGCUCGCACCGAGUUCAAAACGAUCCGCGAUCAGUUCGAUUCGGAGGAGAUUGAGACCGUCCUGCGUUGUGCACAGGUGGCCAUCCUCAACCCGACCGACUCGUACCAGUUCUUUAUUCCCAAGCUCAAGGGGGAGGCCCCGGAAAGCACUCGUGAGCAACACCUCGAGCGCGUCAAAAGGCGGGAGGAGAGCCCGGAAGCCCAAUUCUCACCCAACACGGUUGCACUUGAAGUCAGGGGCCCCGACCUCGCAGACCUGAACUUCUAUGAUCUCCCAGGGGUUUUCAUGACGGCUAGGCGGGCCGAGGAUGCGUUCCUCGAGCGCGUCGUGCAAAAUCUGACUCGGGAGUACAUCUCGCGCACCAACGCCAUCAUUCUCUGUGCCGUUCCUAUGAACCAGGAUACCGAGAACUCGCUGGCUCUCAAGAUCAUUCGUGGCCAACGUGCCGAGAACCGAUGCAUCGGGGUUAUGACGAAAGCGGACCUUCUCCCGAGGGAGGACCAUGCAGCUUCUAACUGGCUGUCGAUGCUGCGCGGUGAAGCUCACCAAACGGGGUUCGGAUACUUUAUCACCUCUCGCCAAGGUAGUGACUUGGAAGAGCAAAACAAAAUGGAGGAGGCGUUCUUCAAUCGCACAGCUGAUGCCACCGGGUAUUGGCCUGAGGAGUUCGAUGUCUUCAAGGAGAAGUUUGGCGUCGAGAAGCUGAAGGAGACCUUGUCCUAUAAGCUGGGCGAGGAAUUCGCCAAGAUUCUUCCCGAGGUAAAGCGCAAGGUAGCGACCCGACUCGACGACAUUGGCGCCCAGUUGCAACGGUAUCCCGACCCCCCGCCCAACCCUGAGCUGGAGGUCAUGAAGAGCCUCACGGAGUUCACACUCAGGGUAAAGGACCGAGUCAUGGGCCAAGAUUUCAUGAGCGUCUGGGACGGCCGUUUUGCCGAGCCAUUUAAGAAGUUCAUCAUCGGCAUGAAGCCCAAAUUUAACGUUCGUGAUCACGCAAAAACGGCAAAGCCAGCUGUGUUCAUUGAUCUCGACGGCGACAGUCCCUCUUCGUCGCCUACGGUGCGGAAGCGUCAGGCACCGGCCAUGGACCAGACGCAGGCUACUCCGACUCCUAAGCGGCAGCGUAGCCAGCAGAUCAUCAAGACCGAGGUCCCGGACCAACCCGUAUUUCCAGCCACCCCUCAUCACCCGCGGAGCGCGACUCCCGCUUUGACGCCUUCCCGUGGCGGCCGAUCCAAGACAUUGAUGGACAUCCGCAACCUUAUUAGGCGCGCGGCCAUUCCCGGCCAGCCCGGGCUGGUCUCUGCGACAGUAUACGAACCUCUGUUUACUGAGGCGGCCAAGACGUGGGCGCCGCACCUCGACUGGUUCAUCAACAGCACGUUUGCCUGUCUUCAAUCUGAGAUCUUCGGGAUUCUCGACAAUGCAUUUGCUCAUCUCAAGAACCGUGCGGUCUACAAGGAAUCGGUGGAUCACAUGCGUGCGUUCAUCGAGGCGCACAAGUUCGAGCUCCGCACCCAGCUGGAGAUGAUCUACAAGCUGGAGGCCCAGCGCCUCUUUACCAAGGACGACGAGUCCCUUAAGCGCAACCAGACCUCGGAGAUGAAGAUCCUAGUGCGCCACCGCAACCACUUCCGCAUCGCCGCCCAUAAUGGCGAAGAAGUCAGCGCCGUCCCUAAGGUGGAGGAUAUGACCGACGAGGAACGGAAGCAGGAAGAGAAUAAAAUGGCCAAAGAGCUAAAGAACCUUGGCCCGGAUCCGUUCGAGCCCGAGCUCGCCGUCGCCGCAUACAUCCGCGGCUACUACCUCACCGCCGCCAACCGCUUUGUCGACUACGUCUCGAUCCACGUCAUGUCGGGCCUACUUCCGCGAGUCGCGUCCGCCAUCGACACCUAUCUGCACGAGCGGCUCGGCCUCGUCUCACAUGGUGCCUCGGUGGAGGUCCUGCAGCGUCUGAUGUCGGAGGGACCAGAGAUUGAGCAGAAACGGCGGGAUCUACGUGCGGAGAAGGAGACUCUCGAUGGCGCGAUGGAUAUCAUUGUCAACCUGGAGCGGCGCGAGCGUGAGCGCGAGGCCGCCGUCCUGGCUGCGGCCGCCGCGGGGUCAUCGCAGUUCGGAUUUGAUGCCUCCCAGGCGGAUAGCUUGUCGACGCUCGAAUUUGGGGGCGGGGAUCGUGCUACGGUGUACUCGGCUACUGCUAUUGGUGACGCGUGA